AUGCCAUAUUUUAAGGACCGAGGCCUUACAUGUCUCCCUGUUCGUCGUACAGAGAUCCCAGAGCCGACCUCGUUGACUAGUUCACCAGACACGACGUCGUCCAACCCAUUAUACCUCUGUGAAUUCCCUCCCUUUGACCCGACCGCCUCGUUUUUGACCAUAAUUCGGUCGGAGCCUGCUACAUCUAUCACGCAACCUACCCCGGCCGCUAUUACACCGAGUUCCCCGAUAUGGGUAAGCCCUAUAGGCACGACCGGACUGCCGCGUCCCACAUUCUCUCCCCCCUCCGAAACACCACCUAAUACUAUAAUAAUCAUCAUUGUGGCAUUCUCAGGUGCACUUGGGCUUAUUAUAACCCUCUGCAUUGCCUUUGCGUGCUAUCGAUCAUUAAAGCGUCGUCGACAACAGAAUACUAGCGAGGAAAGCAAUGACCAGCCUAACGUCGACGAAAAUGCAGGUACUUCGCAAGAGAAUAAGCAGCAUAAUAACGAUUCACUUGAGGGGAAUGAGCACGGAGUCAGCCCUUUCAGACCUGCCUCAAACCACUCCAAUCAGAGGGCAACCGCCGGGCAACAUUCGGGAGCAUCUAUGGGAACGUCUUCGGGUUCUACGAUGCAUGCCGGAAGAGCGUAG